AUGGACGCAAACAUGAUGGCAGCCCAAGCAAUGGGACAAGCUCCCUUCCUUUACUACCGACCCGAACACAAGCCCGAUGCUUCAAGGCACCGCGGCCACUUCACCCAGCAACCCACCAUGCAGCAGCAGAUGGCCAUGUACCCCAUGGUCCCGACGCUCCCCUCGACGCCCAUCUACUCCAGACCUACCUCUUCUUGCUCACAGCCCAUGGGUCCCACGCUGUACAGCAACGGACCCGCGACCAUGACACCUGUGGCAUCUCCCCAGCCCAUGAGCAACAAGCCCGCCAUCAUGCUCGAGACGGAAAUCUGCGACGCGGACGGCAUGUACUACCCUUCAACGCCGCCUCUGUCCACCUCGGGCAGCGCCAUCAGCAGUCCCCUCAACAGCUGCGAGCUUCUCCAGACCCCGAUGAACCCCAUGUUCUCCGGACUGGACGGCAUUGAUGGCCUGGAGAGCUUCAAGGAGACUUUGGAAGUGCCCGAGAACCUCGCUGUGGACUGGUCCAGCUGCGGAUCGCCCCCGAUGACGCCUGUCUACCUGCAAAACCAGAUCCCCUCGCUUAACACCAACACUAGCGACCUCCUUUCCACAGCAUCUUGCCCUUCGCUCUCACCCUCACCCUCACCGUAUGCCAGGUCCGUCGCAUCUGAACAGGAUCUUGAUUUCUGUGACCCGCGCAACCUGACCGUCGCUGCCGCCCCCAACACCUCCAACCCGACUUUGGCCCCCGAGUACUCGGCUUUCACUCUCGGUGACGAGCUCAGGGGUGAGGCCUCUAACAAGACCCCUACCUCCGCCCCUUCAUCGCAGACCUUCGACUUCAACCCUGCCAUUCCUCACGGUCUUCCCGCCUUCGAGGACUUGUCUGACUUGGAGUCUGAGGACGACUUUGUCAACGGCCUGGUCAACCUCGGCGACGCCUCCUCCACCGAGGUCCGCCGCCCUCGCGCCUGCACCGGCUCAAGUGUCGUCUCACUCGGCCACGCCAGCUUCAUCGGCGGCGAGGAGGACUUCACCUUCGACGAGGCCGAGGCUUCAGCCGCCUGCUUCCCCAGCCCUUCCGCCUCCUGCUCCGACGCCGACUGCCACCAGGACAAGCGCCGCAGGUUCGCCAAGGAGUCCACCCCUGUCAUGACAUCCACCGCCGGAUCCUCUCAGGCUGCCAGCAGCGAGAAGCAGUCCAACACCGCCGCCGCUUCGGACGCCAACAGCUCUUCCGACUCUGAGACGCCCUCUGCCCCUCUCCCCGCCCCCGUCAACCGCCGUGGCCGCAAGCAGUCUCUCACUGAGGACCCCUCCAAGACGUUCGUGUGCGAGCUCUGCAACCGCCGCUUCCGCCGCCAGGAGCACCUGAAGCGCCACUACCGCUCUCUCCACACCCAGGACAAGCCCUUCGAGUGCAACGAGUGUGGCAAGAAGUUCUCCCGCAGCGACAACUUGUCCCAGCACGCCAGAACACACGGCAGUGGAGCCAUCAUCAUGGAGCUCGAUGAGUCGGUUCACGCGUUCGACCACGGCAUGAUGGGCCACCACGAAGACUACCAGCACCUCGGCAAGGUCCUCUUUCAAGUCGCCGCCGAGAUCCCCGGCAGCGCCAGCGAAUUGUCUUCGGAAGAGGACAACGGCAAGAAGAAGAGGAAGCGCUCCGACUAA